UGUCACUGUGUGGAUUCUAAAUUGGCCUCGUAAAAAUAAGAAUUAUAAACGAAAAUAAAUUCUUGUAACUGAGGUUUUGUUUCCGAAUUUAUCAAUUCUUGGUGAAUUUGUCAGUGCUAUCAUAAUAUUGACAUUAUCAUUAUCAACAAUAAUAUCAGUAAACUGGUACUAGAUACUUUAAUCAAUGAGUUGAAGAAACAGUUGUGACACCUCACGAUGAAAGCCAAGAUUCUUCGGACGUCAUGAGACCGAUUCCUUUUCUAACAACCAGAGAAACAAUUAAUAUAGGUACAUGGAAUGUCCGGACAAUGUGGGAGACCGGAAGGACUAGUCAAACAGCUACAGAAAUGAGGUGAUACAACUCGGCGGUUCUCGGAAUCAGUGAAACCCACUGGAUGCAAGCUGAAAAUAAGAGAAUAGAUUCAGAAGAGAUGCUGCAGUACUCUGAUCACGAAGAAGAAAGUGCUCCACACACUCAGGAAGUUGCUCAGAUGUUGUCCAAAGAAGCACGAAAUGCAUUUAUUGGGUGGGAAUCUCAUGGAUCCAGGAUCAUCAAACUAUCCUUCAAAACAAACAAGAAAGGAAUCACAAUGAAUGUUAUGCGAUGUUAUGCACCCACCAAUGAUAGUAACGAUGACGAUAAAGAUCAGCUCUACGAGAGGCUGCAAUCAAUCACAGCCAAAUUCUCAGGAAACAACCUGACAAUCCUGAUGGGAGUUCUAAAUGUCAAGUUCGGAAUGGAUAACAUGGAGUAUGAAGAUAUCAUGAGACGACAUGGACUGACUGAGAGAAAGGAACGAGAAUGGUGACAGAUUCUCAAAUCUAUAUGCAUUCAACAAAUUGGUCAUAAAGGCUCAAUAUUCCCAUACAAAGAUACACGGAUCACACCAAGGGGAGCCAGAUAGAUCAUAAUUGCAUUAGUAAAAAAUUCAAAAUGUCAAUGGAAGACGUGAGGACCAGGAGAAAGACUGAAAUAGCUUCAGAUCACCAACUGGUGAUUUUCAAGAUGAAACUGAAGCUAAAGAUGCAUUGGACAACUGGACAAACAGCAUUAAAACGGUUCAAUACAGCCUUUCAUCGAGAUACAAAUUCAAGGUGGAUCUUAGCAACAGAUUCUAAUCCUUACAACAUCUACUGUAAGAUUCAGAAACUACUAUUGAGGACGAUUGCAAAGGGAUCAAAGAAGCACUAACUUCAACGUCUCAGGAUGUUCUAGACCGCAACAAGCAUCAUCAUGAGGAAUGGAUUUUUACCAAAACCCUAGGCAAAGUUCAAGAAAGGAAGAACAAUAAGAUAGCAAUUAACAACAGCCGAACAAGAACAGAGGAAGUCAAGGAACAAGCUGAAUACACAGAAGCAAACAAGCAAGUGAAGAGGAGCACUAAAACUAACAAGCAGAAGUGUGUGGAAAACGUGGUAACUACAGUGGAAAAAGCUUCAAGAGAAAGAAAUAUGAGACAGCUAGCAGAGAAAUAUAGUAAUCUAUGGAGACCCAUCAAGGACAAAGAAGACAAGCCAAUCACUGAAAUUUAAGGAGAGAAGAACAGAUGUGUGGAGCACUUCGAGGAACUCUUAAAUAAACCAGCUCCAUUGAACUCAACGGACAUCGAAGCAGCACACGAAGACCUUUCUAUAGGUGUCAAUCUACCAACAACGGAAGAAUUCAGGAUGGCCAUCAGACAAAUCAGGAGUGGGAAAGCAGCGGGACCUGACAAUAUACCACCCAAAUCACUAAAGUCAGACACAGAAUUAACUGCAAACAUGCUCCACAUUCUACUCAGGAAGAUUUGGGAAGAAAAAGUGCCGAUGGACUGGAAAGAAGGACACCUAAUCACGAUACCAAACAAAGGAUAUCUGAGCAAAUGUGAGAGCUACAGAGGCAUCACACUACUGUCAGUACCAGGAAAAGUUGACAACAUAGUGUUGAUGAAACGGAUGAAAAACUCAUUAGACGCCCAAACUUGAGAUCAACAGGCUGGAUUCCGUAGGGAUCGGUCAUACACAGACCAAAUCGCGACACUACGGAUCAUCAUUGAACAAUCAAUUGAAUGGAACUCAUCACUAUAUAUUAACUUCCUUGAUUGUGAGAAAGCAUUUGACAGUGAGGAUAGGAAAAUCUCACGGAACCUUCUUUGACACUAUCGUGUCCCUGAGAAGAUCGUCAACAUCAUACGGAAUUCAUAUGAUGGAAUACAGCGCGACGUCGUUCAUGGAGGAUAAUUGACAGAUGCAUUCCAAGUAAGAUGCAACCAGACGAUUCAGACUUCUCAGAUGACUUGUCCAUCCUAUCUCAUACACACCAACGAAUUAAGCUCAAGACAAACAAACCAACACCAGCCUCUGCACUAGUAGGCCUCAACAUACACAAGGGAAAAAGUAAGAUUCUUCAAUACAACACGGAGAACACCAACCCAAUCACACUUGAUGGGGAAUCUCUGAAAGAGAUGGAAACUUUCACGUAUCUGGACAGCAUCAUCGAUGGACAAGAAGGGUCUGAUGCAGAUGUGCAAGCACUGAUUAGCAAAGUAGGGACAGUAUUCCUACAGUCGAAGAAUAUAUGGAACUCAAAACAACCGACAACCAGUAUCAAAGUUACAAUAUUCAAUAUGAACGUCAAAACAGUUCUACUGUACGAAACUGAAACUUGAAUAACAACCAUACAACCAUCAUCAAAAAUGUACUAGUAUUUUUAAACAGUUGUCUACACAAGAUACUUGGUGUCCGUUAGUCGGAUACCAUUAGGAACAGCAUACUAUGGGAGAGAACACACCAGCUUCCGAUUGAAGAGGAAAUUAAGAAAAGACGUUGGAAGUGGAUAGGACACACAUUUAGGAAAUCAUCAAACUGCAUCAAGAG